AUGAAUGUCACAGCCUCAGUCACUUCCUAAUCUGAGAGAAGCUGAGUGGGCCUGCAUUAAUUUUUUGAAAUCUUACAAUUCUUUCUAAUAAACCGCAUGACUUUUUAAAGGCACCAUGUGUGUUUUUGUUAGUGGUACAUUUAAAAAAAAGAAGAAGAAGAAACACAGUGGCACCAGUUACCCACCAUCACCGCUCAUCUAGGCAUGUAGUCCCUGCUUGCCUCUGGCUUUUUAAGACUGUGCAGCUCUCUUUUAACUCCUGCAUGUUUUCCUCUCAGUGUUUUUCAACUUGAAAUUACAAGCUUAUGCCAGAACUUACAUGAAAUUUGAUGAGAAAAGAAAGUCCAAAACGACCCACAUGGUGCUUCUGGAGAUCAUUAAAGAAGAAGGCCUCCUGGCACCAUAUCGAGGAUGGUUUCCAGUUAUCUCCAGUCUCUGCUGCUCCAAUUUUGUCUAUUUCUACACUUUUAAUAGCCUCAAAGCCGUCUGGGUCAAAGGCCAACGUUCUACUACUGGAAAAGAUCUGGUAGUUGGAUUUGUUGCAGGGGUGGUGAAUGUGUUGCUAACAACUCCGCUCUGGGUGGUAAACACCAGACUGAAGCUGCAGGGGGCAAAAUUUAGGAAUGAAGACAUUGUACCAACCAACUACAAAGGUAUCAUUGAUGCUUUCCACCAGAUCAUUCGAGAUGAAGGAAUCUUGGCUUUAUGGAAUGGCACAUUUCCCUCCUUGCUAUUGGUCUUCAAUCCAGCUAUUCAAUUCAUGUUCUAUGAAGGUUUAAAACGGCAGAUUUUAAAGAAACGAAUGAAGCUUUCUUCUUUGGAUGUGUUCAUCAUUGGUGCAAUAGCCAAAGCAAUCGCCACCACAGCCACCUACCCCAUGCAGACUGUGCAGUCAAUUCUGAGAUUUGGACGUCACAGACUAAACCCAGAAAACAGAACACUGGGGAGUCUUCGGAAUGUUCUUUAUCUUCUUCACCAAAGAGUAAGGCGGUUUGGGAUAAUGGGACUCUACAAAGGCCUGGAAGCUAAACUGCUGCAGACAGUGCUCACGGCUGCUCUCAUGUUCCUUGUUUAUGAGAAACUGACGGCUGCCACCUUCACAGUCAUGGGGCUGAAGAAUGCACACAGGCACUGAGGCGUGCCCGAGGGGGCUUCCUCCUGCUUGAGGAGAAGUGGUUCUUUCACCCUUGCUCCUUCCAUCUCGAACUUUACCCUCAUUGGCUUGAAAAGGCUUCGAAGGGUAAACACGGAAGACAGCCAGCUGGACCUGUCGCCAACUUCAUUUUAUGCUGGUUGGUUAUAUAUUGUGGGGGAGGUUGGACUAAAGGUCAUAUGAAAAGAACACAUUGAAAAUCUAAAACUGCAAGUCUGCAGGGGAAUGAGCUCUCGCUGUCAUGUAUAAUCGCUCCAGUUAAAGUCCUCUUCAAUUUACAGGCUGUUCUCUUUCCCUGAACCCACACCCGGGUUUUAGGACGAAUUGAAUACCAUGUAAUUCUGCUUAGACACUUUUGUAUGUCUCAGUCUUGGCAUUUUCCUCACUAAAGAUAUUGUGACUUUGCCAUGGGUAUGACUUUAUUUUCAUUGGGCUUUUUCUCUUAAGUAAAGGUGUCUUCUUUAGUAUAUGAACUAUUUAUUUUGUGGGGAAAAUGAAAAUUAUUUAUCUCAAAUGAUUUUCUUAUAAACUAUUGAUGCACAUCACUUAUACAUUAGUAUUUGACAUAAUUUUAAAAUAUUUGUUUUGAAUCAACCCUUUCAUUUUAAAACUUGAGACUUUAUGUUCAUCCAUCCAAGUUCCAAUAAACUGUCAACACAAACACAUUCUUAAAAGUUGCCCUUCAUUAAGCUGUUACCUUGGAUUUACAGCCAGCUGGUAAAAAUCCCAGGAAAGGGAGAAGACACAAAUACCUUGUUUAGGCUCUAAGAUAUCAUCUUGGUAGGGGCUGUGUGUUUUGAGAAUAAAUAUCUGGUUGAGAAUAUUUCUACUUGGAAACAUGCCUUAUGUCCUGCUACUCAAAGUGUGGCACAUUGAUGUCACCUGGGAGCUUGUUGGACGUGCAUCUUGACAAGACCCUGAGGUGACCCACACUCAUGUUAAAGUUCGAGAAGACCUGGGCCUCCCCGGUGGUGCAGCGGUUGAGCUCUG